AGGCGCUGCACGGUUCAUUUCAGCGUACGUCAGGCGUUUCGAUAUAACUGGAUGUAUAUCUAUUAUAACCGCGAUUCGUUCCUUCGCGGUGACAGAUAAUUCCGAAAAGUCAGGCUGACGCGUAAGCCCUUGUCAGUGAUGUCCUGCCUGAGCGCGUUGCACACGCAGAUAGGGACCCUGCUUUCCGUGCCCCACGAGAUUCUAUUUCUGCGACACAAGGUUUUCCGUGAAUAUGCGAAAAUCGCAGUUGGACCAGACUUUAUCCACACGCUGCCAUCCUUCCUAAUCCUGAUGGCCGUGGUACUCAUCCUCUGGAAGAAUCCUCCGUCCUCCACGCGGCUCAUGAACAUCGUAGGCGCGACAUUUAUUUAUAAAGUAUUUCAGGUGUCAGUUAGCUGGCUCGCAAUUAAUGCUCUUUUAUGGCUAUGGCUGAUCCUCCAAAGGAUACUCUAUUGCAGCGUCUGGCAUUAUUGGAGUUACGAAUCUGAAUAUCGAGAUGUUUCAUACCCCUGGUGGCAACAUGUCUGGUCUUCAUAUUAUCCUGUACCCGUACAGCCACCAGUAAUGUCAGCCGGUUUUAUUAGUUGGAUUAUCGCGAUGUUAAUUGCGGUAACCGCUUUGGGAUGUGUAAACUCUACAGAUCGAGUUGAAAUUUUUGUUAAAGGAUCUUUAGCUAAAUUCCGGAACGCGUUUGCGGUGGGCAAAUUAUAUAUGGAAUGGUCAGAGGACGGAGCGCAAGAGGAGAUCCUCGUACCUACUGAAGUGAACACGAUAUUGGACGACGGCGAAAUCAGUACAGGUUGCGACGAUGGUCGCUCAGAGACGUCGAACGAUACAAACAACGCGGCGCGUGGGGAUAUACAUCCGAUUUCUUACGGGACAAAUUGGAUGCCGCAGCCAAAUUUCUCCUCAUUCAAGGAAAUGCAACGAAAAAUAUCGAUGAAAUCCUUUCACACGGUGACAGGCGCCAAUGACAUUCAGGAUCCUGACAAAUUCGCGGCCAAGCAAUUGCGAAACCGACGCGGCUGUCACACCGUGAUACCGAGCAAUUGCAGCGAGCAAUCAAGUGAAUGUUGAAGGGACUUGUCAAUGUUCACUGAACGAUCGUCAUCGAAGAGCUCUUCGAUUGAGCAAUGCUCAUGGGAAAACAUAUCUCCGAAUGUGGCGCGUCAAUUUCGCAGAGAAUAUUUAAUUUACAUAAACAAACGAGUAUCAGCACGUUGCGAUGUUUAUAUAUACUGUGUGAUAAGAUUUUUUUUAAUUAUCUAAUAUUU